CGUGUGCUAGCUCCUUUUGUUCGUUAGUUCCUGAUGUUGUUGAUUGUGUGAAGAUCUGAAUUUAUGCGGGAUCUAUUAAUUUUACUCACGUUUUCUCAUCGGAGCUGAAUUAAACACAUCGGGUCUGAAUUAAACUCAUCAUAGCGCGACUCGGCCUCGGAGUAAAUGUGAUUUCUGCUGCGGACUCUGAAGUAAUGUAAGCCGGACCUUUUCCUGUCACUGCAGUGUCCAUUGACAAAAUGGGGCUGGACUUUGACGUUAAGACAUUCUGCCACAACCUGCGGGCUACCAAACCCCCCUACGAGUGCCCGGUGGAAAGUUGCCGUAAGGUCUACAAAAGCUACAGUGGUAUUGAGUAUCACCUCUACCACUAUGAUCAUGACAACCCACCCCCUCCCCAAGGCACCCCCCAGAAAAAGCGGAAGGGUCGACCGCCUAGGGUCUCCUUGGGGGGGUCAGGCGAUGGCCCCGAUUCUAGUACGGGUUCCGGAAUUACCGGGCAAGGAGCUACACCAGGUAGCCCGGCCGAGCAUUCCGAACACUCCCAUUCACCCGUUAGAGAGACGAUGACCUAUGCUGAAGCUCAGCGAAUGGUCGAACUGGAGAUCCGUGGACGAGUUCACCGCAUUAGCAUCUUUGAGAACCUGGAUGUGCUUUCAGAGGAGGACAGUGGGGCUGAAGAUCCCCCAUCCUCGGGAAUGGGGGGCCCUACUGCUUGUAACGGCGGUGGAAGCGAGGCUGGCGGAAUUGGUAAGGACAGAUUGGAUAGCUCUGCAACCAAUGGGGAGAAAGGGCCUCAAAAAACAGGAAAGCACAAAAGCAAAGAGAAGAAAAAAGACAACAGCACACACCAUCACUUGAACCCACCCGGACCAGCUGUGAAGCUUCCUGAAGUGGUUUUUCGAGAGCUGGACCAGGAGAGACCGGAUGCCCCUACUCGACCCACAUCUUACUACAGGUACAUUGAUAAGUCUGCAGAAGAGCUGGAUGAGGAGGUGGAGUAUGAUAUAGAUGAGGAAGACUACAUCUGGCUAGGGAUCAUGAAUGAAAAACGUGAAAAAGAUGGAGUUGCCUCCAUCCCUCAGGAGGUCUUCGAGUACCUAAUGGAUCGACUGGAGAAGGAGUCGUACUUUGAGAGUCACAACAAGGGUGACCCAAGCUCUCUGAUCGAUGAAGAUGCGGUGUGCUGUAUCUGUAAUGACGGCGAGUGUCAGAACAGUAAUGUCAUCCUGUUCUGUGACAUGUGCAACCUGGCAGUUCAUCAGGAGUGUUACGGCGUUCCCUACAUUCCAGAAGGCCAGUGGCUGUGUCGCCGCUGUCUGCAGUCGCCUUCCAGAGCAGUGGACUGUGCUCUCUGCCCCAACAAGGGUGGUGCUUUUAAACAGACGGACGAUGCCCGCUGGGCACAUGUAGUAUGUGCCCUCUGGAUCCCGGAGGUAUGUUUUGCCAAUACGGUCUUCCUUGAGCCUAUAGACAGCAUUGAGCAUAUCCCCCCAGCCCGCUGGAAGCUAACCUGCUACAUUUGUAAACAACGUGGCUCUGGUGCCUGCAUCCAGUGCCACAAAGCAAACUGCUACACUGCCUUCCAUGUCACCUGCGCCCAGCAGGCCGGCCUUUACAUGAAAAUGGAGCCAGUGCGUGAAACGGGUGCUAAUGGGACUUCAUUUAGCGUACGCAAGACCGCAUACUGCGACAUCCACACCCCGCCUGGCUCUGCCCGCCCACUUGGAGGAGUGGGAGGGGCCAGUAUUGACUCCUCACACAGUGAGGGGGAGGCAGAGGAUGAGGAUGAUAUGGUGGGUGGUGAGGAGGAAGGAAAGGGAUGGAGCUCAGAGCGGGUAAGGAGGGUAAAAGCGAAAUCACGGCUGAAGAUGAAAAAGGCAAGAAAGAUAUUGGCUGAGAGGAGAGCAGCCGCACCUGUGGUGUCCGUGCCGUGCAUACCACCCCACAAGUUAAGUAAGAUCACGAGUAACCUGACAGUGCAAAGAAAAAGUCAAUUUAUGCAGAGACUGCACAGCUACUGGACACUAAAGAGACAGAGCCGCAAUGGAGUUCCUCUCCUCCGACGUCUCCAGACGCACCUGCAGUCCCAACGCAAUGCUGAGCCGCUCCCCACCGUCAACACAGUUAGUGCAUUACACUGUCGUUAUUAUGGUGAAAACUGUGAAGAAACAUUUUCUUUGUUGAUGUUAAGUGUUUGUGCACAGGGGGCCUGUGAAGAGAAACACUCAGUGUUGAAGGAGCAGUUAAAAGCGUGGCAGAGACUUCGUCAUGACCUGGAAAGAGCCCGAUUGCUGGUGGAACUCAUACGCAAGAGAGAGAAGCUCAAGAGAGAGACAAUAAAGGUUCAAGAGAUGAUGUUAGAGAUGCAGUUGACUCCAUUCCUGAUUUUAUUACGUAACACACUGGAACAGCUGCAGGAGAGAGACAUCAGCAAUUUCUUCACUGAGCCUGUACGAUUAAGUGAGGUUCCAGAUUACCUGGACCACAUUGAGCGGCCAAUGGACUUUCAGACGAUGUGGAAAUGUUUAGAGUCACAUCGAUAUCUCAGCUUUGAAGCUUUUGAGGGUGACUUUCUACUUAUUGUCAACAACUGUCUGAAAUACAACGCCAAAGACACCAUCUUCUACCGCGCUGCGCUGCGAUUACGAGAAGCAGGUAGUGCUGUUUUACGGCAAGCUCGCAGGCAAGCGGAGAGAAUCGGCUAUGAUUACGAGACGGGCAUGCAUCUUCCCAGAGAGCCAAGCCCAGAGUCACCGCAUGAACAUGAGAGGGAGAGAGACCGAGACCGAGAGAGAUCAGCAUCAGCUGCUGAAGACGAUCUCAUGCUGGAGAACCGUCGGCGUUUACCUUUGGAGGAACAGUUGCAGAUCCUGCAGGCACGUUAUGAUGAAGUCAUGUCAGGAAAGCACAGCAUCGGUCAGUCCCGCCGAGCAAAAGCCUUGAAGAAGGAGAUGACGGUUAUUAAGCGGAAACUGGCCCAGGGUGUCUGUGGUUUGGGCAAUCACGAGUCAGGUGUGUCGCUGGAACGUGACUCAGUCCUCGCACAUCACGCCUCUAUGAGUGGCCGUCAUGAUGAUGAAGAGAGCAGCAGUCAUGAGAUCAGUGGAAAAGAUCUUAUUGUGUCCUCUUCUGCUCUGGCCCCUGAAGUUGGUCGUCGUACAUCUGUCCUCUUCUCGAAGAAAAAUCCCAAAGCCGCUGGGCCUCCUAAGCGUCCAGGUCGACCCCCUAAGAACCGAGACUUGUUGCAUGGACCGGGGGUGCUGAGCUCCAGUCAAGUUGGUCCACCUCAGCUGCCCUCCCUCACCCAAUCACGCAAGAGACCCCACAGCCCACAGUCCAGCUCAAGCUCGGAGUCUGACAGUGAACAUGAUCACCUCAUACUGGAUCUCCACAGUAAUGGUUUUGGUGAAAGCAGUCGCCCGGUGACCGAGAGUUUUCUGGUAUACAGGAAUGAACGCAGUCUGCCGCGCUCCAGCUCCGACUCUGAAUCCACCAGCAGUAGCAGUAGCAGCGCUGCAUCUGACAGGACCAGUACUACUCCCUCUAAACAGGGCCGUGGGAAAGCCUCAUUCUCCCGCUCAACAUUUCAGGAGGACAGCAGUGAGGAGACAUCUGGGACAGAAAAUGACUCUUACUCCAUGGGCGGAGCCAGAGGAGUUUCUCACUUGGUUCGAGGCAGAGGUCGCUCGGGAUGCUGGAUGAGUUCUGAUGAGUACAGUUCUCUAGACGCUCUUGUUCUGGUGUGGGCCAAGUGCCGAGGAUACCCCUCUUAUCCUGCACUGAUCAUUGAUCCUAAGAUGCCACGAGAAGGUGUGUUUCACAGGGGUGUCCCGAUCCCCGUCCCACCUCUAGAGGUGCUAAAACUAGGAGAGCAGAUGACCCAGGAGGCGCGGGAACAUCUAUUCCUAGUGCUGUUCUUUGACAACAAGAGAACCUGGCAGUGGCUGCCACGCUCCAAACUGGUUCCUCUCGGUGUCAAUCAGGAUCUAGACAAGGAGAAGAUGUUGGAAGGGAGAAAGUCAAACAUCAGGAAGUCCGUUCAGGUGGCGUACCACCGUGCCAUGCAGCACCGCAAUAAAGUCCAAGGCGACCCGAGCAGCGAUACUAGUGACACCGACUGAACACGUGCACACACGUGAACCGAUUUCAUGUCACAAACAGAAAGGACUGCGAUGCUUUUGAAUUGAAAUACACACUUUAAUACUUUCUCUACUCUGGUGCUAAACUAUCGGGUGGUCAUGGACACAGGAUGGUUGUUUUUACAUGUACACAGAUGAAAUGCAGCUGUAUGUGAUGUUUUUCAGGUACAGCCACAAAUGUAGGACAAAUGUGGUCCAUUUACCUCACACUACAGCCAGUAUUGUGUAUAUCAUGAACACACUUUUGAUGCUUGCAACAAAUGUGAUUUUAAAAUCAACCACACAAUAUUCCAUGUGUACUGCUGGCUGGCUGACUGACUGUGUGUGUGUGUGUGUGUGUGUGUGUGUGUGUGUGUGUGUGUGUGUGUGUGUGUGUGUGUGUGUGUGUGUGUGUGUGUGUGUGUGUGUGUGUGUGUGUGGUUGUGUGAGAGAGAAUUCAUGUAAAUGUUGAUAAAUGAGCUUAAAACGGAAAGCAUGCUGUGCAUUUCAUACAGAGGACCCAAACAACGCUUAAUAGUAUUUAUUAUGUUCUUCCAAAUUCAUAAAUGCAUCCAUAUACACAGUCUUAGCUUGCGAGGCCGUGUGUCUGUCUAUGUUUGUUGUGUAUAUUUCUCUUACACUUUGUUUAUUGAGAAUGAAUGAAUACAUUGAUGACUAACUGUAUUGUCUGCUCAUGUGACGGAUCUAGCACUGUAGAACAUACAUGCCAUAGACUUUCAUUAAAAAUGUUUGAGUUUUGUA